AUGCCUCGUCUUCAUAUUCUCAGCGACCCGAGCACAGCUGCUCACUACCCACCAGUUGACCACAACAAGAUCGUCCGCCUGGAGAUCUUCCCUCCCAUUGGUAUAGCACGUGUCGGCGACUCUGAAAUCGAAUGUUUCCUCGCCCCGGAGGUGCCUGGUCGCACCUACCCUCCCAACGGCCUACGCAUGCGGCCGAAUGGCCAGGAGUUCAAGUUUCGAGAUGCUCACCAGAGGCUCAGACGCCAGGCUGUCCGCUUUCGCGUCUAUGCGUACGAUGCCCAUGACAAGCUCCUCGGCGAAGUUAACAGCGAAAACGGGUACAUCUUGAACUGGACCGUGCAAGUCGCGAACAAAAAGGCGGCAAACUAUGUCCACCAACGCGGAGGCCACUUUGAUCCCCACGAAACCGCUUUACGAAACCCAAAAAUCCAACCAGAUCUAAACCUCGAAGAUCGUUCCCUCCUUAUCGUUGCAGACGAGGGAGCCAUAGCGUCAACAGACCCCCUGAACACCUUUGUCCUGCUCAACAAGGGUACCUUUCAAGGAUCACGCGUGGAACUCGCACAGCUCCAGCGUGAUACCCGCGGCCGUUUGGUCUUUGUCCCCGGUAAAGGAGAAGCCCGUUCUAUCGUCAAUCCUUCCAAGCCCCAGCCACCAAUUAUUUCUGCAAUGGACAGCUCGAAUUGGAUUGACGAGAUUUGCGACGGGCAGGUGAAGGUCGUGGUGACAAGGGCCGGGACUGAUCACAAAGUCGGCGAGUUGGGGCGUCCAGCUACAGUCCUCAGCGCACCACCCAACUUUGCUUGGGGCAUCAAUGCACCUACUACAUUGUAUGAUACGAUCGAGAACAUUUAUCGCGAGGAGGAGCACCCGCUCGUUCCCAGACCUACUGUUCACAGCCUAGACUUCUGGAAGCACAUAUGGCCGAUUUUACUUUCCGCUUCUUCAUUGUCUUGGACCAACAACCAAGCUUUCCAGGGUCAUGGUGUAUCCAGCAACGGACAUUACAACUUCUGGCAGGUCCUCGAGUUAUUUGUAGGUGACGCGGGGGACGACGUAGAAUUAAUGAACAAAAGGAAAUAUUUCAAGUCUCGAAUCUUUGAAAAGCUCCGGAAACCACUGAACCGACACAAUCCUGAUCAACUCCAAGCAGACACAAGGUACAUGCCACGCCUCUCUGGCGACGCUGGUGAACUGCCAGAGCCAGGUACUUUCACAAGCAACCUACAGCCCGAUGCCCGGAAGUUCGCUGCACUCACGAAGCUCCAGCAUGACCGUUUUCGGAUAUGGACAAAUGACGAUACUUUCCACCUCCCCGCCGAUGGAGUCCUCCCCAUUCCGCGAGAACGUCUCGAAGAUGUCGACCUAAAAGACCAGACAGAGGAGCUUACGCGUGCGAUACUGGAGACGGCCAUUGGGGACCCGCUUUAUCCUGGGAUUGAAAUGUAUUGGAUUGCGAAAUUGAAUACGACGUACGACACAAACCACGCCGUAAAGAUCAAUCCUCCCUUCAGAAUUAACACAAACACAAUAUUACCUGGACAUCUCACGCGAGGGCUCAGUCUACCCUGGCAAUGCGACUUUGAUUUAUGCAAGACACACUGGUGGCCCUCCGUUCGCCCAGACGAUAUCGUGCCAAAAGUAGUCUUCCACGCUACCGUCCAAGGGUCCAAUAACAAAACGGACUUUGACACGGCUAUAACGGCACGAACCAAGUGGACAAGAGGACUUCGCGAUACGGUCAUCGUCACACCUACCCAGGAAGACUGGCCAGGAAGCGAUGAUAUGGUCAGGUACUGGAAGUACCUUGGUGUCGUGAGGAAAACCCGGAAUGCGUUCACAGAUCGCCAUGGUUGGCAGCAUAGUGUAUUCCUUGAAGAUGAGCGGGUAUGGAUGUGA